CGGUCGGAGAUGAUGUGAUCGUCGGCCGCUGGUUUCCCUCACUCUCACACGCGCACAUCGCAGAGAUUCAGACGGCGGCGGCUGCUGAGAUGACGACGGCGGAGAAGCUGUUGGUGCAGCUCUUCGAGAGGAGGGAUUGGAUAAUUGACCAAGCGAGGCAGCAGGCUGAGUUGUACGAUCACCACAUAGCCUCGAAGCUCCUCGUCCAUGGCAUAACUCCUCCCUGUUGGCUCGGGAACCCUAAUCCUUCUUCUCACUCCACUCAGUGGAACAAAGAAGAAUUGAUUUCUGAACUUCUGAUUCCUCAUACACAGCGUCCAGUGCAUUACCAAACUGCUCAUUAUUCUCACAACACUAAGCCGGUUGUCAGAGACUACCCAGAGGUUUGGAAUGGAUUCUGCGCAGAAACUCAUGCUUCAAACAUUGAUGUUGAUGUGGGAGAGGGGCCAAGUAUGGUGGAUGGUUGCCUUGAGAUUGAUGUUGAAAAUAAUCUAGAUGUUGUUUCUGAGCUGGAUUGCAGUGUUAGCUCACCAGUUGACCAUGGAAAUGCUAGAAUCUCAAAUGUAUACAGUGUUCCUGAUCAGUCGUUAGCAAGGAUUCAGAGGUCCAAAUCAAGGCAAAAAGCUCUUGAGCUCCGGAAUAGUGCAAAGUCAGUGGCUAAGAAUCAUCCAAGAAAUGAAGAGAGGAACGACGGAUCUACAGGCGGUACUAGAAUGCCUAGUUUAGAGUCUGAGUGCGUUGAUCAUUUCAAUGAGGCACCGAAGUCACCUGAGCCUUCUGCUGUGAGCUGCCAUAUUUAUGAAAAUGGAGAAAUGAACACAGAAUAUAGUCAAGGUUUGGGAGAUGGUAGCGACCUCCAUGCUGUUCAAAAUACUAGGUCUGACAAUUCUGCCGAUCGGCACAUCCAUAAGGAAUCACCCACAAAGGAACUUAAAGCUUCUGAAAGGGAAAGCAAUUCACACUUGGGAAGCAACAUAAACUCCAGAAGCUUCAAAAUUUUUGGGGAUAUUAAAUCUAAAGGCGGAGAUAGCCAAAGCGUGGAAACAGGUAAAGAUAUUGAUGUUGGUAGAACUACAAAGUCUUGGACUUCUAGCAUAAGAUGCAGGUUUAGGGAAACAUGUGAUGAUAACAGCCAAGUAGAAAAGUUAGUAAUGGAUAAACAGCUCGACAAGAGUAUAACGCCUAAAGGUUCUGCAAAGCAAGCAAGUUGUGCAUGUGAUCCGGUGACACUUUAUCCUUUUGCUGAUGUCAUUGCUCAGGAGAAUGAUGCUGCUGAAAUAGGGUCCUUGGAUGAUUUGUCUCAACAGCCUUGCUGUGCAAGGAAGCCACUGAAAUUGGUUGACCCUUCUAAUCUAAGUAAAGAAUAUUUUGCUGACAAAGACGAAACUUUGGAAGAUGGCUUGCCUCAGAAUGAUGAGGCUACCAAGUUCUCCCGCGGGUUAUUUGGAAGAUCUAACUGCUCUAGCAAGCAAAAUGAAUGUGUUAAUCGGGCUUCAAACCCAAAUAUAGAUUCUUCAUUUUCGGGGAUGGAUAGGGGUAUUCUCUCAGUACCCUCAGACAUUGUGCAAGAAAAUGAUAAUUGCAACAAAUUCUCAGCAGGGGCCUAUAUUUCAGAUGGGGCACUUCAUAAAAGAAGAAGGUCAGAAGAUAGUUGUUACUAUAAACUAGAAUCAGUUCCUGCCAAUAAUUCAAGUGCUUCUGGUCUUAAAAAUACUCAAUUCAUAUUGUUUGCCGCAGAAAAGUUUGUAUCUGCUGGCAAUGAACUUGAAAAUUCUUUAGGUUGUCAAGUAAUUCAUAACAUCCAUUGUAAGACUAACCAGAAGGAAAUUGGAGAUACUAUUGUAGAAAAUAAACUGGAAACUGAUAAGGUUGUAGAAGAUCAUUCUUCCAGUUACAAACUGGACAACCUUGAUAGUGACAUCAGAAAAGACUUGGAGUGUUUGGCAGAAAAGCCUCCCUCUGAUUGUUUCAUGCGAGUGAAGCCAAAGCAGCUUGACUUUGAUCACACUGAAGGCUCGAAUGUUACUCUUCUAACAGUGGAAAGGAAAAGGACAGAGAAAUCAGCCGAAGGGUUCAACACUUCGCAAUCUUCAUCAGAUAAGGACAGUACUGAUAAUAAAAUAGAACCUACUGAGAAAGUGUCACUGGUAGAGCCUAAGGUCCACAGUGAACUAAGAGAAGACUGGAGGAAUUCUGUUGAAUUUAAUGUUUCAGGAGACUUUCAAUUUGAGGUGGCCAGAGAUGAGUCUACUACAAAAAAGCAUUUGGACUUGAAGAACAUGAAAAAUGACUCAAAACCUGCGUACACUGAAAAAUCACCUUGCACGAACCAGGAAGAUGUUAUGCUGCCAAAGGCUGGUGACACUCCUGACUUAGAUUUAAGUAACUUGAAUGCUUCCCGCGAACAAGAUCACAGGUCAUCACCACAUCAGCAAGCUGAAGGGGGUGAGUGUAGAUCCGAAGGAAAGGAUGGGAGUGCAGCAUGUUCUUAUGCUUCCAGACACAAACAUUCUUUGCCAACUGACUUAUCAAGUUUUACGAUAGAGGCAGUAGAUGGCUCUCAAAAUCCCUUGGUUGAGGAAGUGGUGUAUGAAUAUUCUACUAAAGCUGAUAUAAACCACAAGUCUUUCUCUGACAAAUCGAUAAGGAGCUUGGCCAAAUGUCCUGGCGUUGCUGCAAUAAUUCAUUUUCCUAAAGCAAAGGAACACCAAGAUGGAAUUGAGUGUGGAUGUGAAGGGAAGGAUGGGAGUCCAACAUCUAGCCACAAACAUUCUGUGCCAACUAACUUCUCACGUUUUCUCGAAGGGGCAAAAGGUGAUUCCCAAAGUUCCUUGCCCGAGAAAGUGGUUUAUGGACUUUCUGCUGAACAUGUUGCAAACAACAGAUCUUUCUCUGACAAAUUGACAGGGAGAAGUCCUCAUCUGGAGAGGGGUGGAUCCAGUUGCUGGGCCAGUUCUGCAGGUGUUGGUGUAAAAAUUAGUGAUCCAGAAGCAAGGAAACUUCGAGAUGCAAAUAACACACACUUAUCCCCAGAAACAAGUUGUAAAAGUUUCGAGGUUAAGAGGAGAAAGACUGAAGAUCAACACGUUGAUUGCUGUAUUGCAUCAUCAAUGGAAGAAAUGCAGAAACUUUACAAGGAUCUGAAGGAUGUUAGGUGCAGUUCCGUUUCUAAUUUGGGAAAUAAGAGUCCACAACUAACAACAAAAUCUAAUGUGAAAAAUGACGAAGGUAUUGGCUCCCCACCUGAAGAUCAAAGAGACAAGGAUGGGCUUGAUUUUUUGGAGACCAAUAACAAUCAUGAGAAUCUUCCGGCAGUUACUGCUAAAAGUUCAGAAGUAAUCCUCCGCACAAGGUUUGUAGCAGAGGCAACUGAAGAUGUCACAGGAGGGUGCUUGGCUGAGACAAUAACGACUUUAUAUGCAAAUAGCAUUACUCCCAAUGUAGAAAUCGGCAGAGAUGAACAUAUAUUGAAUCUUGAAUAUAUGGGAUAUCAACUGAAUCCUGAAAAGUCAGUUUAUACUGAGACACAUCCUUUGGAAAGGAAAUCUGUUCCUGAAGAGGAUCCCCUAUUCCCACAGUGUUCAGUUCCGUCUCCUCAAGGAAAGAACUCGGGUUUGUUUUAUGAUGAUCAAGCAAUGUCUGCAGAGUUGGCUAGUGGUGGGAGAUUUCUCUCGGAAGUAAAGCCUAUUCUGGACAGUUCAAUUGAGUUAGAAAAUGUUGAAGACCUUGACAUAAAGAAUGCUGAUAAAACAAUGCCUGUUUUUGAAGGGUUCAUCAUAAAUUCACAAGCAGAAAUCAGAGAAUGGGAUGUUGAUGGAAACUUAGUUAAUAUUGACAAACUAGGCCUUCCAAGAUCUACAAUAGCACGCGCAAGCAUCCUGGAACAUAUAUGCAAAUCUGCUAGUGCGUGUACUCAUUUAUCUGACCUGUCCUCUUCUUUGGAAUCCCAGAGAUACCAUCAUUUGUUCCAGACUCUUCCAAAUGGUCUUCUUGAGCAAACAGAUGUGCCAGAUAUUCAAUUUGUAGAUGAAGACUACUAUAAACAGUCAUCGGCUAGUUUGACUGAUGUGAACAAAGGAAAUAGCAGUCUUGAAGCAAUGCCAUCUGAGUAUGUUCCUUGUUCUGGUUCUCGAUUUGGUUUGACAUCAGUAAAGCAAUACACAUCUCCGGUUGGUAAAAUAUGGGAGAGUUUCUCAACCCGAAAAGGUAGUUCAGGGAAGAGUAGAAGUUCAAAUCCUGAGCUUACAUGCUUCACUAUUGAAGAGGACCGAUGUAUCAGUGAUGGAAACGAGAUUGCAGAUGAGCAUGGUGAUGAAGUUCAAGAAGAAAAUGAAAUGCUUGUGGAGAACAACCUUAAGAGGAAACAUGACACAAGUGUAGCUCUAGCAAACUUGAAACCUCCAGCGUCAAUCUCUCGAUGGCGGGAAUUUGUAAGUAGAGGCAGUGUUGAUUCGACGAAUGAAGAAGCCAGCUGUAUUAGGACUCGUAGCAAGGUGAAACGUAAGCUUGGGAACUCCUACAGUAACAAGGGUGAAGGGAAAGAGAACCUUUUAAUGUCAAAAAGCGCAAUUGGGACAGAAAUGGCUAAGGUUGCACUCACAAAUAGGUACAGCCGGCCAAAGUUAUCUAGUAAAGCCAGUCUGAGGAAUGAACCCCGGAAACUGUCAGAGAAGGAACUUAAGCGCAAUAAUAUUGUUUCAAAUGUAACUUCAUUUAUUCCUUUGGUCAAGCAGAAACAAGCAGCUGAAGUGUGUACAGGAAAGAGAGAUAUUAAGGUUAAGGCUCUGGAGGCUGCUGAGGCCGUGAAACGACUUGAAGCAAAAAGAGAGAAUGAACGUAAGGCAAGAAAAGAAGCAAUGAAACUUGAACGAGCAAAGAUGGAGCAGGAAAAUGCAAAACAGGCAGAGUUAGAGAAGAGGAAGAAAGAGGAACGGAUGAGAAAAGAUGCUGAUAUGGCAGCAAGGAAAAGACGAAGGGAGGAGGAAGAGAGGAAGGAGAAGGAGAGGAAAAAAAAGAGAAUCGAUGAAACACAUCGCCAGAAGAAACAAGAGGACAAAUUGCACUCCCAGAAAGUAGAUAAAGAAAAACUACGAUUGGAUAUUGAUGGUGAAAUGAUGAGCAAGAAAGAAACUGAAAUGGAAUCGAAGAAUCAUCAGGCAGUAGGCAAAGAAAGAGGAGAUGAUAUUACUUGUAAGAGGCUAGAGGGUGAACCGCAAGACAUUAGUUCUUCAAAGCAAUGCACUGCUUCUUCUCAGUCUUGUGAUAACAAACAGGGCGUAUGCACACCAAAGAGCUCCAUCUGUAAAGGCAAUUUCAUUCGAGAGAAAUCGUAUGAAAUUUCUCCAUAUCAGUGCUCUGAUGAUGAGGAAGAAGAGGAAGUGGAUGACUUGCACACCAAAAAAUUUGUUCCCGAAUGGGCCAGUAAAAGCUCCGUGGCCAUGGCUCUACCCUUGCAACUAGAUCUUGACUUCAGCUUCAUAUUCCAUCUUGAUAGAUCAUAUAGUAUGGAUGAAAUUCUCCUUUCUCGGAAGGUACAAAAGAAACAAUGAGCAACACUAAAAGAAUCACCCGUCUCGUUACUAGAGCUGCGUUAAUUUAAGUCACUCUCAGAUUGUAAUUGUAGCCAUCUCAGUUACAUAAUAUAAUAAGAUUAGUGUA